UAUGGAAGAAGCUAGGGUCUCUCAAUGGAAGCCAGAUAGCUACAAGAAAUGUGUCUGUGAUCAGUUCACACUAGCAUGCUUCAUUCCAACAAGACACAGUUCCACCCUUCCUCCUUCCUCCUCAUAGGGAUCCCAGGGCUGGAAGAUGUGCACCUGUGGAUUGGCUUCCCAUUCUUUGCAGUGUAUCUAAUAGCUGUCCUGGGGAACGUCAUCAUCUUAUUUGUGAUCCAAACUGAACGCAGCCUCCACCAGCCGAUGUUCUAUUUCCUGGCCAUGUUGGCAUGUACUGAUUUGGGCUUAUCCACAGCCACCAUCCCCAAGAUGCUGGGCAUUUUCUGGUUUAAUCUCAGGGAGAUUGUGUUUGGAGCCUGUAUCACACAGAUGUAUACCAUUCACAUAUGCACCGGCCUGGAAUCUGUGGUGCUGACAGUUAUGGCCAUAGAUCGCUAUAUUGCUAUAUGUAAUCCACUGAGGUAUAGCAUGAUCCUCACCAACAAGGUGAUAGCUAUUCUGGGUAUCGUCAUCAUAGUCAGGACUUUGGUGUUUGUGACUCCGUUUAUAUUUCUUAUCCUGAGGUUGCCUUUCUGCGGUGUCCGGAUUGUUCCUCAUACCUACUGUGAACACAUGGGUUUGGCAAAGCUAGCAUGUGCCAAUAUCAGGGUCAAUAUCAUUUAUGGAUUAGUUGCUUUCUCAGUGGGAUACAUUGACCUAUCUGUGAUUGGAUUUUCCUACAUCCGAAUUCUCCAAGCAGUCUUCCGCCUUCCAUCCUGGGAUGCUCGGCUCAAGGCUCUUAGUACAUGUGGCUCCCAUGUCUGUGUCAUGUUGGCCUUUUACCUGCCAGCUCUCUUCUCCUUCAUGACACACCGCUUUGGCCACAAUAUCCCUCAUUACAUCCACAUACUUCUAGCCAAUCUGUAUGUGGUUGUUCCCCCUGCCCUGAAUCCUGUUAUCUAUGGAGUCAGAACAAAACAGAUAAGGGAGAGAGUACUAAGAAUGCUUAACCCUAAAAUCCACUGA